AUGGAUCCAGCAAGCAUGGAGUCGCAAAUUGAUGAUUCAACAUCCAAUUCAACCCCUAUUGACAAUUAUCCAGACUCAUCUAUACCCCAAGAGUUACCCAAAGAGUCAUUAGAGGCACAGAAAAGGGCUCGGGUGAGAACAGAGAAAAUAGACGCGAUUCAACGCGCAUGUGACACUCGCAAUCUGGAAGCCCUGGUCUCUUAUGCUACCAGUGAAGGGGGACUGUUGGAAGAUUACCUGCGUCAAAGAGCAUGGCCCAUUUUCCUGCAAUGUGAUGAGAAAUCACAUCAUGAUGAUCUGAAGCCCCUGGAAGAUUUACCGCGACAUGCAGAUGAGGACCAGGUGGAACUAGAUGUCAACCGAUCUUUCAUCUACUACCCUAAUGCUCCAGAGGACGAGAUUCUUGAGAAGAAGCGGCAUUUAUCCGGUCUAAUCACACAGGUACUCCGGAAUUACCCUAUGCUGUGUUACUUUCAGGGAUAUCACGAUAUUGUGCAAGUCCUGCUCCUAGUAAUGGGUUACAAGAAGGCCGCACCUGCUAUGGCCCAAGUAUCGCUUUUCAGGAUCCGAGAUUAUAUGCUACCCUCACUCUCACCAACUGUGAAGCAUCUGCAACUCAUUCCCGCCAUCAUUGAAACAACAGAUCCUGCUUUGACACGGCAUCUUUCCAAUACCCAGCCAUUCUUCGCCCUGGCUGCUACUCUUACUCUCUACGCCCAUGAUAUUCAGGAGUAUAGCGAUAUUGCUCGCCUGUUUGAUUUUCUCCUCGCCCAAGAACCUGUGGUUGCCAUCUACCUAUUUGCGGCCAUCAUUCUUUCCCGAAAAAAAGAGUUAAUGGAAAUUCCGGGGGAUGAACCUGAGAUGCUUCAUUUUACUCUUUCUAAACUUCCAUGUCCUCUUGACCUUGAUGGCCAUAUCUUGACUGCUGUGCAGCUCUUCAAAAAUCAUCCUCCCGAGUCAUUGCCCUUUGGGGUAUGGAAAAACAUCCCUAGCUGCAGUGUGCUGAAGACCUCGCAAGACCUUUCGCACCAAUAUACAGUAGAUGAGGCCACUCGGUUGUUCCAGAAGCAGGCACGGCAGCUGCAGAAUGAAGAGCGCCGAAAGCAAGCUCUCGAGUUCACAUGGAAGCAUAGACGCGCUGCCGGGUCUGUGGCUCUGGCUCUUCUUGUCGGCGUCGCAUCUUUCUAUAUCAGGAAGAAGGGUCUAGAUUCCUCAAUCUGGUCCUAUUUCAGUUGGCUUCAUUCUGUAUUCAAGGGCUAA